AUGGCAAAUUUUAACGACAACAGCACAGCAGACUCCAUAACAACAUCCUUUGGUCCUCAACUUAUUGGAUCCCCACUUGCUUAUCAUGCACCCCUUACACAAGUGACACAACCAAGAGCAGAGAACUCUGAUAAAUGUGGUGAAAUAGUUUUUCAAAAAACAGUUGAUGUACGUUUAGAUUUAAAUCAGAUAGAAAAGAUGACAGUUGAGUGGAAAUAAAUAGAUGUAAAGCAAGAUGAAGCCAUAAAAAUAGAUUCCACAAGAAAUAUUAAUAACAUUUAGAUGACCGAAAGAAAGUGUUGUGUUACGGCCUCAAAUUUUGGAGCGUUAUGAAAAGAAAGAAACAGACGAUUCAUUUUUAGAAAACACGUGUCAAUUCAUUUUUAUUCUGUUCCCACUUCUUAUGGGCAAGCAAACGAAACCAUUGCAAAACAAAUGUAUAUCAAACAGCCCGGGAAUCAUAUUCAUGACAUUGGACUUGUCAUAAAUCCAGCUUUUCCAUUAGGUGCUACACCAGAUGCAAGUGUUUGUGAUAAAGGCGAGACUGAGCUCAUUGAAAUUAAAUGUCCUUUUUCAGCUCGAGAUAUGACACUUACAGAAGCAUGCAAUACACUGAAAGAUUUCUUUUCAGUGCAAAAUGAUGAUGAAUAUAAAUUUAGAAACCAUAUUCACUUGUUUCAGAUUCAGGGACAAUUUCUCAUAACUGGGGCUCAAUUUUGCGACUUUUUCACUUUUACAAGACCGGAUUUCUGCAUAGAGAGAAUAUAUCCUGAAAAAGAAACCAUGCAGCAACUUGUCUCAAAAUUAUCAUGUUUUUAUGUUGAACAUUUAAAGCCAUUUUAUCUUAUAAAAUAUUCUACAUGUCUAUAAAAUAAGUUUAGCUAACCUUUGACAGCAUCAACUAUAUUCUCUAUCUGUACCAUUUCAUUAAAGCAUUUUCUUCACAGUUUUCAUACUCAAUCAGAUUUGACUUGAUAGAAUAUCUGUAAAGAAAUUUGUACAUACAUGAUUAUAUUUUAGAAUUUUUAUAUCAGAGAUUGGUAGAGACUAAUUUUGUAAUUACAGCAGUAAAAUAUUUUAAUUGUUUGCUGCUAAAGCCGGUCGUCUAAUUUUAAUAAAUAUGAUAAUUAGACUAGCCAUUAAUUAAAAAAAUGCAACAUUAACACAAUUUUCUCAAUUUUAAUUUCAUGCUAUUACCAUAACUUAGAGUUACAGAUGCAUAAAGAAUGUAUGUACUCUAUA